CUUGGGGUCAACGCCGAUAGGUGACUUUUACCUCUGUUAUAUUAAAAAACGGUAAAAAGUAAAUAUAAACAGUAACUACUGCAGAAAAUUAUGACAUAUACUGAAGACUACAUUAGGAAUAAACUACAGAAAGAGCUGAAUGCAACACAUGUGGUAAGCAAAUCUCUAAUUUUAAGGCCGCGCGGCAAAACAUAACCUCUCUAUUUUAUCGAUCUCGUCAAAUGGCAGCCACAUCAACAUCCACUUUUCAAGCGUAUUUUGAGUAAAGUUCACCAAAAUCCCACGCAAUGUACGAGAUGAAAAUCACCGCAGAAUAUGCGGAAAAGUGAUACAGUGCACUGUGCAAAAUGGUAGCGCUUAAGCUAAGUUGUGAAGCAUGGCUGGUAAUUUUUGGGGGUUUGCUGGCCGUGCUGCUGCGGGCAAGCACGGGGCUGCACCCUUAUUCGGGAGAAGCGACACCACCUAUGUACGGAGACUAUGAGGCGCAAAGGCAUUGGAUGGAAAUCACCACAAAUCUUGAUGUUACUGAGUGGUAUCACAAUACUUCUCAUAAUGACCUUCAAUAUUGGGGUUUGGACUACCCCCCGCUCACAGCUUAUCACAUGUACGCCUGCGGUAGUAUUGCGAAGUUUCUCAACGAGAAUUACACAAAGUUGCACGACUCCAGAGGGUAUGAAAGUGAGGGCCACAAGUUGUUCAUGAGAUACUCUGUGCUGAUUUCUGAUGUAUUGAUAUUUUUGCCUGCAAUUAUUAUCUACUAUUGGCUGACUGUACCUGAUGAUAAAGGGAAGAAAAAGAAGAAAGAGCAAGGGAGUAGUGGAUGAGUCUGAUGGCUGUGGUGGGAAGUUCUCUUGUAUCAUAGUUUCAGAGAAGUUCAAAGGGAAGCCCUUGUUGCAGAGACAUAGGCUGGUGAAUUCAGUUCUCGAAGAAGAACUAAAAACUAUCCACGCUUUCUCUCAGAAAACGUACACUCCUGAACAGUGGGAGGAAGAAAAAAAGAAAUAAUGUCCGCCGAAAUCGUCAUUGGCGAGCAGGUAGCUCUGCCUGAAUUCAAAAAAGUUGGGGUGCCAGUCAAGGUCUCAGCCCCAGGAAAAAUUAUCCUCCAUGGCGAGCAUUCUGUUGUUUACGGAAGAUUGGCAUUGGCAGCGAGCAUUGGUUUGCGCACCACCGUCGAAUUAUCCGAAAUAGAUAUUCCGAAUUUAUUCGUCGUUCAAUUACCUUCAGUGAAAUACGUUGGUACUUUCGAUAUGCAGAAACUUAAGCAUCACCUUCUGGAACCUCUGCUUCCGCUCACCCACGAGUCAUCAAUGUACUGUUGGGAAUACCCAGAUUUCAUCCACCAUGAUGCUCUGACAGAUCGUGUGAUGGCCUUUCUGGAUAUGCACGCCACUCUUCCUCCUCAACAUGCCUUAUCCCUCAAAGCAGCCAUAUUUCUGAUCGCUGGAAUAUUGGGGUCGUCAAAUAUAGAUAUUCCAUCUUUGUCUUUACAUAGUGAAACAUCACUCACGAUUGGUGCUGGCACAGGAAGUUCUGCGUCGUUCCUUGUAAGUUUGGCCGCCGCCCUGAUUCAGUACGUGAAAACAAAGAAAACGGGCGAAAACUUCUCGAAGCCUUGUUAUAAGUCCAGUAACUGGAAAGUAAAUCAUGAUUAUUUCAGGAUUGAAGAACUAAGUAUGAUCAGCCAAUGGGCUUAUUCUGCAGAGAGAAUCAUCCAUGGGAAUCCCUCAGGUGUAGACAAUUCAGUGUGUACAUGGGGAGGCUUGGUGGAAUUCCGUCGAGGGCUAGCUCCCAAACCCGUACCCUUAAGUUCAUUAGGCACAAUGAAAUGUAUGCUAGUGAAUACGCGAGUCCCCAGAGAUACUGCGCGCAUGGUUGCCAAAUUGGCUGCGUUGUACAAGAGUAGGCAUGACAUGGUGAACAAUAUUUUUAACGCGAUGGAAGAUGUGGCAUUUUUGGCCUUGAAACAAUAUGAACUCUUAGGAAAAAAUGAACCCGGUGUGCUCGAAGCAACGAAAGCGUAUGAAGAGCUGGCAGAGUUGUGCUCUACGAACCAUCAUCUUCUGUGCGCCUUAGGCUUAUCCCACCCGCGUCUAGAUGAGGCCCUACUACUUUUACAUCGCCACGGUUUGGUUGGUGCUAAACUCACUGGGGCGGGAGGUGGAGGCCACGCCUUCGCAUUGAUACCGCCCUCGUACGACGAUACGGUAUUGGCCGAGAUCUGCAACGAGCUGGCAUUGGCCGGUUUUGGUGCUACUGUUGCCGAAUUGGGCGGAGUUGGCGUUGAUUUGGAACAAUAAAUUGGAGUAGUGGUUCUAAAGACGGUAGAAAGACUUCACAGGGUUAUUAUGCAACCUGUUGGUAGCAUAUAUUGUACGACAGUUACUGUCUAACGUCCCAGAUCAUAGUAACCGCAAGAUUGCGGCAAAUUGCGAUUUUUAAGGCAUUUUAUAGCAAUUAUCGUUUUAUACAGCUACAAAUCAUGUAAACGGUUUGCCGGAUCAUUAGAAGUGUUAGGUAUAGGGAGCUAGAGAAGAUAAGCACUUUCAGACUGUAGUUAAUACUUGGUAAUUUUUUCCUCCUUACAUACUCGUUUUUGCAUAGUAGAUGUAUUCCCAAAUAUUCGUUUGUAAAACACAAUAAAUGUUAUAUUUUACUGUU